CUGUCCUUACUCUAGUCAAGGGCUGAAUGAUGGCAGCGUUUAGGAAGUUAAAGAUUUCACUGUUUGUGUUUUAUUCUCUGUACGCGCAUCUUGUGAAUUCUGCGGAUGAUAUUUUGGUUGGCUGCGGUGGGUUUGUCAAGUCAGAUGUGGAAAUCGACUAUUCUCUUAUCGAGAUUAAGCUGUACACUAAGCAAGGCUCCCUGAAAUACCAGACUGACUGUGCUCCUAUCAAUGGCUAUUUCAUGAUCCCUCUCUAUGACAAGGGUGAUUUUGUGCUCAAAAUAGAACCACCUUUGGGAUGGAGUUUUGAACCAACGACAGUGGACCUCCAUGUUGAUGGCCUCACUGACAUAUGCACUAAAGAGCAGGACAUUAAUUUCUUCUUCACAGGAUUCUCAGUCUUGGGAACGGUGCUGAGUAAAGGUCAUCUGCAGGGCCCAGCAGGAGUGGAAGUUAGCCUGAGAAAUGCUGGAGAGGAGGAAAUACUUCAGACUGUGUUUACCCAGGCUGGAGGACGGUACACCUUUACCAAAGUGCUGCCUGGAAGUUAUGAUAUCACAGCAACCCAUGCGUCCUGGACCCUAGAGCAGAGCUCAACCUCCAUGGUUGUGUCGAAUGCCAAUGCUCCAGCUGCAGCUCCCUUGGUAGUUAAAGGCUAUGAUGUCUCUGGAGAGGUGCAGAGCGAUGGUGAACCCAUGAAGGAGGUUAAUUUCCUCCUCUACUCCACCGCUAUGGCACAAGAGGAUAUCAGUGGCUGCAGCAAAGCUCCAGUAGAUGGAGCCGUGUCAGAUGACUUAUCACUCGUGUACCUGUGCAGUGCACAGUCACGUGAGGAUGGUACUUUUUCUUUUCCCUGCCUGCCUAGCGGUGAAUACACUGUGGUGCCAUAUUACAGAGGUGAAAGGAUCACUUUCGAUGUUGCUCCAUCCCGGCUGGAUUUUAGAGUCGAGCACAGCAGUAUGAGGCUAGAGCCAAUUUUCCAAGUGAUGGGUUUUUCAGUGAUGGGUAGAGUUUUGAACAGCCCAGAUGGGGAAGGAGUUCCAGAUGCAGUUGUAACUCUCAACAACCAGAUUAAAGUGCUAACCAAAGAAGACGGUUCAUUCCGCUUGGAGAACAUGACCACUGGCACCUACACCAUCAAUACUCAUAAAGAACUCAUGUUCUUUGAGCCAGUCACAGUGAAGAUUGCACCUAGCACUCCCCAGCUCCCAGACAUUAUCACUGCAGGGUUUAGUGUGUGUGGUCAGAUCUCUGUUGCUCGCCUCCCAGAUAGCAUAAAGCAUCUUGGACGUUAUAAAGUGACUCUUUCUGGACAAGGACGUGAUCAGGGUGUGGUCCGCACCAUCGAGAGUGACCAUCAGGGGGCGUUCUGCUUCCAAGCCAAACCAGGAGACUACAGUGUACAGGUGACCCUUCCAGAGGCUGAGGUCAAGGCUGGACUCGCUUUACAGCCCCAAUCUCUCGAUAUCUCACUGGUCGAUCGCCCACUCAGUGACCUGCUCUUCACUCAGUUCAUAGCAGCGGUCUCUGGCUCUGUCUCAUGUCUGGCUGCUUGUGGGGAUCUGACAGUAACUCUGCAGCCUGUGAGCAGACAGGGGGAGAGGCAGAACAUCCAGCUUUCUGGCAGCAGUGAAAUCCUCAGCAUCUCCUUCAGUAAUAUCCUACCUGGGAAAUACAAAGUGGCCAUCACCCAUGAGGAAUGGUGCUGGAAGCAUAAGUCAGUGGAGGUAGAGGUGCUGGACUCUGAUGUGGAGGGAGUGGAGUUCCGACAGACCGGCUACAUGCUGCGUUGCUCCCUGUCCCACGCCAUCACCCUUGAAUUCUUCCAAGACGGCAGUAAACCUGAGAAUGUAGGCAUCUACAAUCUGUCCAAGGGAGUCAACCGCUUCUGCCUGUCCAAACCAGGUGUUUACAAAGUGACUCCACGCUCCUGCCAUCAGUUUGAACAGGAUUAUUACACUUACAGCACCUCUGCCCCCAGCAUUUUAACUCUGACUGCUGUCAGGCACCACAUGACUGGACUCAUCACCACUGACAAGAUGCUGGAUGUCACAGUUACUAUCAAGUCGUCCAUUGAGAGUGAGCCCGCCCUGGUCCUGGGUCCUUUGCGCUCAUCGGAGGAGCAGCGGCGGGAGCAGCAGCUGCUGGAGAUCGCAUCUCGCAGGAAAGAGAGAGAGGAGAGAGGAGAGGAGCAGAGCUCACCUGUGGAAGAGAAACCAGAUGAGCUCCAUGAGCCUUUCCACUAUGAGUUCUCCUACUGGGCACGGGCUGGGGAAAAGAUCACGGUCACCCCCUCAUCCAAAGAGCUUCUUUUUUACCCACCUGAAGUGGAGGCUACCAUCACCGGAGAGAGCUGUCCAGGGCAGAUGGUGGAGAUUACGGGCCGAGCAGGGCUGUUUCUGCAAGGACAAGUGUUUCCUGAACUGGAGGGUGUUGAGAUCUCCAUUAAAGAGAGCGGCGCUACAGAGUCACUGAUCACUGUUCUCACUGAUGAAACUGGAACCUACAGUGUUGGACCUCUGCACAGUGACCUGCAAUAUGACAUCAGUGCCAGUAAAGAGGGCUUUGUGCUGACUCCAGUGGAGGAAAAGACUGGAGAUUUCAAGGCGUUUGCCUUGGCAGGCGUCACUUUUGAGAUCAAAGCAGAGGAUGGCCUACCUCUCUCUGGAGUGCUUCUGUCUUUGAGUGGAGGAAAUUUCCGCUCCAAUCUGCUCACACAGGACACUGGCCUCCUCACAUUCAACAACCUGAGUCCUGGUCAGUACUACUUUAAACCCAUGAUGAAGGAGUUCCGCUUCGAGCCCUCAGCACAAAUGAUCUCAGUUGAGGAGGGCCAGAAUCUCCGCAUCGCCAUCACUGGGUUUAAAACCGCAUACAGUUGCUAUGGCACAGUGCAGUCUCUUGGUGGCGAUGCUGAGCAAGGCGUGGCUGUAGAGGCAGUGGGGCAGGGGGAGUGCAGCAUGUACAGUGAGGACACGGUCACUGAUGAGGGAGGUCGCUUCAGACUCCGAGGCUUGCUGCCUGGGUGUACUUACAUCAUUCAGCUGAGAGGAGAGGGCAAUGACCACAUAGAGAGAGCACUGCCUCAGCAGAGAACCAUAGAGGUGGGCAGCAGUGAUAUAGACGGAGUCAACAUCAUCGCCUUCAGACAAAUCAAUCAGUUUGACCUGAGUGGCAACAUCAUUACCUCACCUGAGCAUCUGCCAACUCUCUGGGUCAAGCUCUACAAAAGUGACAACCUCGAUAGUCCUUUCCAAAGUGUGUCUCUGGGCCAGUCACUUUUCUUCCACUUCUCCCCACUCCCACGUGAUGGAGAGAGCUACGUUUUGAUGCUGGACACCACUCUCUCUCGCUCCCAGUAUGACUUUAAACUCCCUCAGGUUUCCUUCACAUCUUCUGGCUACCAUAAACACGUCACGCUCUCUUUUAACCCUGUUAGAAAACUGCCUGAUCAAGAGGUUGCUCAAGGAUCUUACAUAGCACUGCCUUUAACUUUGCUGUUGUUACUGGCAGUGUAUAACCAUGAAAGGGUGAUCCCACUCUUCCUUCAGCUGCUCAGUCGCAUCCAGGGGGUCCGCGGCCUGGCCCAGACCAGUGGGGACAGUCUCGCUACGGAUGAGGCCAAGCGUCCGACCAAGAGGCCGAAGACACGACGCACAUGAGACAUCAGAGCCAAACCUACCACUACAUUCAGACCUCAUUAACAACUUUCUUUACUGGCCAAAACACUUACUAGUCCUGCAAUUUUACAUUUCACUGAAGUCUCUGUAUUUUUAAGAGGCUCAUGGAUGAGUUGAACAUCAUCAUGAGAGCUGGUGCUUCAUCACUCAAUGUUUAGAAAAGACACAGAGGCCAACUGGUUUCAGACUUGUUGCUGUUCAGAGAUCCAUCCCAUGAUACAUAUGUUUUUGUCUUUUUUUUUUUGUUUUGUUUUUUUUUUACAUGGCCUCUGUAACCUGAUAAAACAGAUUUGUAUGUUUGAUACACAUUUAGAACUUCCUGCUCCCUAACGUGCGAGUGCAAGAGUGAUAGUUGAGUGUGUAAAUGUUGGUAAAGGUUGUAAAGGUUGGUGUAAAUGAUAAGUCGCCAAAUAGUUAAUGUGCUAUAAUGAAUGUGGAAAGGGGUAUUUAUUAAUUAUAGUGAAAACAGUCUUCCUUCAUUUACUUUCUCCCAGACUGAAACAAUUUUGUGUUCACUUUAAUACUUUUAUAGGGUUAACAUUUUUUUCAACAACAAAUUUAAAAUGUACUUUAUAUCUGUAGCAGAAUUUGACAUCAUACAUUGAUGGAGUGGUUUAAAUGUUUUGCAGGAUGUAUGAUUUGGUAUUUUUGGGUGUUUCAUUUGACUCAAAUGUUUUCCUAUAUAUAUUUUUAUAUAAAAACAUUUACCAGCAAGCUACAUCUUAAACAGAAGAACUGCCUCCAAGUAAAUAUGGAUUAUAUGGAUAUGAUAUAUAAUUAAUCUACUGUAUGAUGGAUUCUGUAAAUAUUAGGCCCACAACCCACGCUAUGAAAGUUGGUCCAAAUUCUGAAUGCUUAGAUGUAACUGAACAAAAAUAAAAUGUAUGGGGAGAGAAA